GUAUUCUUUUUUUAAUUUCUUAGGGUAAACGCAUCUACUUUCCAAAAACACUCUUGUGUAAUUGUCCUUAAACACUCUCGCCUGACUGCAAAAAACGUACCCAUCCAAUUCUCUCCCCAAAAGAAUAAUCAAAAUUGUUUCUGUUACAAAAUCAAAGCUAAUCUAUAACACUCAGUAAUUGAUUUUUUUUUCUUCAUUUGUAACACAACAAAUACUUUUUUCAAGAAAAGGCAUCGGUCUUGUUUCAGCUGUAGUUGUUGAAAGGGUGCAGGGUUUUCGUGUUCAGGUUGCUGAAUUUGGUGGAGCAAUUCCUGUUUACUCUACCCUGUGCAAAGAAGGAAGAGGGAUAGUGGUCGCAUUUGUAGGUGAUGUCACGACCAGAGUUUAUUGCUGAAUUGUCUUUUUAGUUUCUGUUUAACAUUUUUAUUUUGGUUAUUCAGAAAGUAGCUGAGGAGAUAUCACACAGGGAACAGUUUUGCCCAGGUUGACUUUCAAAAAAUAACAGUUACCACCAUCACUUCAGUAUUUCCUGAUUGAGGUAGAUGCGAGCUUGACCGUAAUGUCUGUACUCAUCGAAGGGCUCCCUGAUGCUGUUGCACUCAGGUGUCUUGCACGGGUUCCGUUAUAUCUUCAUCCCAAAUUAGAACUUGUUUCCCGUUCCUGGCAAGCUGCUAUUCGAAGUCGCGAACUAUUUAAGGCAAGAAAGGAGGUCAAUUCAUCUGAAGAAUUUUUAUGUGUCUGUGCCUUUGACCCUGAUAAUUUGUGGCAGCUUUACGAUCCUAUGCGUGAUCUUUGGAUUACCCUCCCUGUUCUUCCCUCGAAUAUCAGACAUCUUGCUCACUUUGGUGUGGUCUCUACUGCUGGAAAACUCUUUGUUCUAGGUGGUGGCAGUGAUGCUGUGGAUCCAUUAACUGGUGACCAAGACGGAAGUUUUGCCACUGAUGAGGUAUGGUCGUAUGACCCGGUAACCAGAGAAUGGAGUCUGUGCGCAUCUAUGAUUGUGCCUCGUGCCAUGUUCGCUUGUUGUGUGUUUGAUGGGAAGAUAGUUGUUGCAGGGGGUUUUACUAACUGCAGAAAAUCAAUAUCAAGAGCGGAAAUCUAUGAUCCCGAGAAGAAUGUUUGGGAUCCGAUCCCUGAUCUCCAUCGCACACACAACUCUGCUUGCUCGGGAGUGGUUAUUGCCGGUAAAGUUCACGUAUUGCACAAAGGUUUGUCAACUGUUCAGGUUCUGGAAAAUGUGAAGCAGGGUUGGACAGUCCAUGAGUAUGGUUGGCUCCAAGGCCCCAUGGUUGUCGUUAAGGAUGAGCUUUAUGUACUGAGUCAUUGGCUCAUUUACAAGCAGGAAAGAGAGACACGGAAGAUGGUAGUUUCGGCAUCUGAAUUUCGUAGAAGAAUUGGUUUUGCAAUGAUAGGUCUGGGAGAUGAUAUCUAUAUUGUUGGAGGGGUUAUUGGACCGGAGCGCUGGAAUUGGGACAUUAAAUUGAUUUCUGAUGUUGAUGUUCUGACGCUCGGAAGUGAGAGGUCAGUGUGGCGUCAAGUUACUCCAAUGACAAGGUGUAGAGGAACGAUCCUUGGCUGCACGCAGAUGAGAAUAUAGGUCAUGCAUAAUGGAUUGAAUUGCGUUGCAGUUUUCUUUGGAUAAAUUGCUUCAAAGAGGGUUUGAGUUGUGCUGGCAAGGUGCUAGGUAUGAGAUGUUCAGCUUUCUGGCCGCUUCCUUACCUAGCAUGUAGAAUCCUCUUUGCUCGUAGCUGCUGGUAUUUGAAGUGAAGUUCUGUUCAUACCUUGAAUGCUGGCGAUUUUAACAUGAAAAAUACAUGUAUUUGCAUCAAGGUUUCUCUAAAUUUAUUGGUUUCUUGUGUCUGUAUGGAGAUAAACUAGCUCGUUGCCCUACUUGAUUCUUUUUUUUUUAGGGGGCAUGUUUUGUCUAUUUUCAAUUAAGUGUAUCUUAAUCUUUCUUUUUGGUGA